GGGCGGGGCUUUGGUGAAGGCAGGGCUGGAUGCAGCGUGUUUCUCUGCAGCCGCAGUUCCUCCAACUCCCUGAAAAACCUUCCCUGUCCCAGAGAGGUCGUGCGCUCUGGCUUCGCCAUGCUCCUGCUGCUAGGGCUGUGCUUGGGGUUGCCCCUCUUCUCAGAGUCCCAGGAAGAGGCGCGGAGCUGGGACGACACCUCGGACCAAGUCGUGCUCAGGGUCCCCAGGCAGCUCAGGCUGUUGCAAAGGCUGAAAACCAAGCCCUUGAUGGCCGAGUUUUCGGUGAAGUCUACCAUCAUUUCCCGCUAUGCCUUCACCACGGUGUCCUGCCGGAUGCUCAACAGAGCUUCUGAAGAUCAGGAGGCUGAGUUCCAGAUGCAGAUUCCAGAAUCGGCCUUCAUCACCAACUUCACCAUGCUUAUAGGAGACAACGUGUAUCGGAGUGAAAUUACACAGAAAGAUAAGAAAAGCAGUGAGAACGUAAAGGAAAAAAGGAACAGAACCUCGGACGAUAAUGAAGAAAACGGGAGUGACGUGUUCAAAGCGUCUUCAGUGAUUCCCAGCAAGGACAAAGCUGCUUUUUUCCUCAGUUAUGAAGAGCUUCUGCAGAGGAGGCUGGGGAAAUACGAGCAUAGCAUCAGCGUGCGCCCCCAGCAGCUGGUGGGGAGGCUGACUGUGGAGGUGAACAUCCUGGAGCGAUCGGGUAUCACGUCCUUGGAAGUGCUGCCUCUCCACAACAGCAGGAAGAAGAGUAGUGGGAAGGCAGAAGGUGACGUGGGCCCUCCCCUUUCUACUCUCAUCAACCAAAACGAGACGUUUGCCAAAGUCAUCUUUAAGCCUACUGUGGUCCAACAAGCUAAGAUUGCCCAGAAUGGGAUCUUGGGAGAUUUUAUCAUUCGGUAUGAUGUCGAGAGAGAGCAGAACAUUGGUGACAUCCAGGUUCUGAAUGGUUACUUUGUGCACUACUUUGCUCCUAAAAACCUCCCUCCUCUACCCAAGAACGUGGUCUUCGUGCUUGACAUCAGUGCCUCCAUGGUGGGAGCCAAACUCCAGCAGACCAGGGAGGCCCUCGUCACAAUUCUCAACGACCUCCGACCCCAGGAUCGCUUCAAUAUCAUUGGAUUCUCCAACCGGAUUAAAAUGUGGAAGGACCACUUGCUACCAGUGACUCCUGACAACAUCAGGAAUGGCAAGAUCUAUAUGUACCAUCUGUCACCCACUGGAGGCACAGACAUCAAUGGGGGCCUUCAGACUGCCAUCAAACUGCUCAACAACUACGUGGCCCAGAAUGACAUUGAAGAUCGAAGUGUGUCCCUCAUCAUCUUCCUCACCGAUGGGAAACCCACCUCUGGGGAGACCAAUACCCUCAAGAUUCUCAGCAAUACCAAAGAAGCCACUGGAGGUCAGAUCUGCAUCUUCACCGUUGGCAUCGGCGAUGACGUGGACUUCAAACUGUUAGAGAGGCUCUCGCUGGAGAACUGCGGCCUCAUGCGGCGUGUUCAUGAGGAGGAAAAGGCGGGAGCGCAGCUCAUCGGGUUCUACGAUGAGAUCCGGACCCCGCUUCUUUCUGACAUCCGCAUAGAUUAUCCUCCUGACGUAGUAGAGCAUGCCACCAAGACCCUGUUCCCCAACUACUUCAACGGCUCUGAGAUAGUGAUUGCAGGGAAGAUGGUAGACAAGAAGUUUGACCAACUGCACGUGGAGGUCACUGCCAGCAACAGCAAGAAAUUUGUCAUCCUAAAAAGAGACAUCCCUGUGGAGUCCCGGAAGAUGGGGAAUGAUGUCUCAGUCACACCUGGCUCGGAUGGUAACGGUGGGAAGGACCUGAACCACAUCGAGCGUCUUUGGAGCUACCUCACUGUGAAGGAGCUGCUUAGCUCCUGGAGGCAGAGCAACAGUGAACAAGAGAAAGAGCAGCUGAGGCAGAAGGUCCAGGACUUAGCCUUGAACUACCAUUUCCUCACCCCCUUCACCUCCAUGAAGCUGAAGAAGCCAGGGCUUCUCACGAACCAGCUGGAGGACACCCACGGCAUGUCUGCAGCCACGGGGCCCGCGACCGUGGUGCAGAGCCUUCGAGAGGCCGGCAAGCAGCCAGAACCCGCUCUCAGAAAACCGUAUGACCCAAGAAUUAAAAUCUCUAAAACAUCAGUGGAUGGUGAUCCUCAUUUUGUAGUGGAUUUCCCCUUAAGCAAACUCACUGUGUGCUUUAACAUCGAUGGAGAGCCUGGGGACAUCCUACGGUUGGUCUCUGAUCACCUGGACUCUGGUGUGACUGUGAAUGGAGAGCUUAUUGGGGCCCCCGCACCUCCGAAUGGUCACAAGAAACAGCGCACAUACUUCCGCACCAUCACCGUCCUCAUCAACCGGCCAGAGAGAUCUUACCUUGAGAUCACACCGAACAGGGUGAUCCUGGACGGUGGAGACAGGCUGGUACUCCCCUGCAACCAGAGCGUGGUAGUAGGGAGUCGAGGACUGGAGGUGUCAGUGUCUGCCAACGCCAAUGUCACCGUCACCAUCCAGGGCAACAUUGCUUUCGUCAUCCUCAUUCACCUCUACAAAAAUCCAGCACCCUUCCAGAGAAACCACCUGGGCUUCUACAUCGCCAACAGCAAAGGCCUUUCCGACAACUGCCACGGACUGCUAGGUCAGUUCCUGAACCGGGAUGCCAAACUUGUAGGAGCUCCUGAGGAAUACGGCAAGAAUCUUAGUAAUCAGCCAGUUCCUCGGGCAGAAGGGCUGCCUGAGGCUAUCCUGAAGGUGAAAGGGCGCCGAGUUCCGGUGGUCUGGAAACAAAGGAAGAUUUACAACGGGCAAGAGCAGGUAGACUGCUGGUUUGACAGAAACAAUGCCGCCAAGCUGAUUGACGGGGUCUAUAAGGACUACCUGGCAUCUCAUCCGUUUGACACAGAGAGUGCACUGGGCCUGAGCACGUCCAGGAAACCUGAGCCGGACAGCCCCCACGAGGAGAGUGUCUAAAAAAGAAGUGACAUUGGGUCUACUCUGGACGCAGCUCAUCUUGUUACUUGUGGCUACCUUGGCUCCUGCUAUGCGCUGUACUGCGUAGCCCGCCCCCUGGUGGGCUGGAGGUCCAAUGUCUCCUAGAGCAAUGAGUCAGGGCAGGAAGCUGAAAUGCAAAUACCUCUCUUCCUGCCUUCCUCAUCUAUACUAGAUUAAAAAACAAAAAUCAAAACAAAACAAACAAACAAAAAAGGUAGCGCCAAGAGGAGUAAUUAAGUAAAAUCGUGUAGCACCUGGUUUAUCCAUCUUAUUCUACCGUCACGUAACGCCUUAUGAGGAAGAGGGGUUGCCAUGGCAUUUGUUUUCUGUGUAACGGUGUCAGAGUUUGGCUACUCUGCUUUUUGCCCUGUGUCGAUGCUUAGGGAGGAAGCCCUCUUUUCAGUUGCCUUCUCCAGAUGGUGCUCCCAACCUCUCCUUCCGAGGUCAUUUACGCUAAGGCCAGGCUACCAAUUAUCCACACAAAUCGUUUGUACAUUGGGUCUCUAAACUAGUAGGUAUUUUCUUAGCAGAAGAUAUUUUUUUUCCCGACUGUGGAAACUUGCCCAGUCAAUAUCCCCAAUACUGAUCGUGUCCUGAUUGCCUUUGCAGGUCACUUGGCCUUGCUGGUGGGUGUUUUCCAAUUUAUUCCAAUAAACCAAGUGAUUUUAAUAAAUAGGAAAACUCCCCAAGGAUGUCUUUUACUGGCUUGCCUUGGUGCCGGAGAGCCGGCUAGUUGAAAAAUAAACCUUCCACUCAGAACAGUUUAGUUUUUGCUGUAAUUCCAACGCUUUUUGUUUUUGCCUUUGGAGGCCCAGGAAAUAAUAAAUCAGACGAGAACAGUGCAUGACAGACAGAUGCAGCCUAGAGUGAGUGGCUCAGCCUAUGGGUGGGAAGAAUCAACUUGUACAUUCUCAGAGGGGAGUGGACCCAUGCCUGCACACAGAGCUGCUGCACUAUGGGCUAGCAGCGGUUAGCUGAAGAAGACAGGACCUAUCAAUAUUCCAUCCAGGAUGGGGGGAGGGAUCAUGAGGCCCUGCCCCUGCCUAAGAAGCUAUGGGCAGUUAACAGUUGCUGGAGAGGGGGCUGGUCAUAUCCCUCAGUUGCAAAGCCUCUGCUAAGUUGCCUUUGCUCAAAGAAAUAACCCCCCAAUUUAUAGCAAGCAACUCUAAUUGAAUGCAGUGAGUCACAUACUUAUAAAGAAACACAGAGAUAGGGCAUGUGGAGUGGGGACUUUUGGGGACAAAGGAAACCAUAAGAGAGGAUCAUGGGAAGUGGAAGGGGUGCGAUCCAAUACAUUAGAGAUAUGCAGGAGGUUGUGAAUGAAUAAACCAAGGGAAAGAAACUCUGAGAAGAGAUUCCCACAGCCCCAAUGAGCAUGAGCUAGGAGACUGGCGUGAGUUUUAGUUCUGGUACUUAGAGGUGAAUCUACUAAGGAGGGGGUUGCAAUCCGAGGGGGCUUCUAAGAUGUAACAAUUGUAACCUUAUUGUGGCUCUCCUCCAUCUAGCCUAGCCAUCCUAUUCAAGAGCAAGGGCAAUAGAUGCAGGAGAACAUGGAGCUCCGUUCUUACACCCUGUGCUCUUCUCAGCUGUGUUUGCCCUUCUCAGGGCUGGUGUGGGAGUGGCCUGCUUGGAAACAGGUGAACAGGGACUGGUGGGAUUGAACCAGAAAGGGAAAGCCAUGCGUGGGGGAAGCAAGAGUGUUUUGAUGUGGACCAUCACCAGAGUGAAGGCCUCUACCUAUCCCCACAUAAGGUUUCUCCCAUCAGGCACAACUCCACAAUACCCUCUAUAGUGAGACAGGAAGGCCACUUAGCACUUGGAGAGAAAGCAGCAUCAAGAAAAUUGUUUCCCUUCCUGUGGGAAGUGUUUGAGCAGCACAAUGACAUCCACAUGUUCCUGUCUGACCCAGCAGACUCAAGUGCCAGUUGGGGCUGAGUGAGUCUCCUUGUCUCUGUUCCAUGAACCCACCAGGCCACAGCCGGUCAGCUGUGCUAUUAUUUAUCUGACUCCCCAUGUUCCCAGACUCCUCUGUCCGUUCUCAGGCCAGGAGUGCAAAGAUGAGCAACCCGGAUGGCUGCCAGAUGUUCCCAUCUUUUCAGGCUUAG